AGAACCCAAGCUUUAAAGUAAGUGAAUCAUGUGUGCCUCAUUUAUUUUUAAAAGAAACUUCUGAGAAGAGCUAGAACAAUUUUUUCCCGCGAGUGCCAUUUCCUAAAGGUACUCACAGAACAAUAAGGUGUGACUGUAAUGGCUGCACUGAGUUGUCUUUUGGACAGUGUUAGAAGGGACAUAAAGAAGGUGGACAGAGAACUAAGGCAGCUGAGAUGCAUCGACGAACUCAGCACACGAUGCCUGUGCGACUUAUACAUGCACCCGUACUGCUGCUGUGACUUGCACCCGUACCCGUACUGCCUGUGCUAUUCAAAGCGAUCACGGUCCUGUGGUCUGUGCGAUCUCUACCCGUGUUGCCUCUGUGAUGUCAAGCUUUACUGUCUUCGCCCGUCUCUCAGAAGUUUGGAGAGGAAAGCCAUUAGAGCCAUAGAAGAUGAAAAGAGAGAGCUUGCCAGACUGAGAAGAACAACAAAUAGAUUUCUGGCCUCCUCUUGCUGUAGCAGUAACAUUUUAGGAUCAGUGAACGUGUGUGGCUUUGAACCCGAUCAAGUCAAGGUUCGAGUGAAGGACGGAAAGGUGUGUGUGUCAGCCGAGCGCGAGAACAGAUACGACUGCCUGGGAUCGAAAAAGUACAGCUACAUGAACAUCUGCAAAGAGUUCAGCUUGCCCCCGUGUGUGGAUGAGAAGGACGUGACGUACUCCUACGGGCUCGGCAGUUGCGUCAAGAUCGAGUCUCCCUGCUACCCUUGUACUUCUCCCUGCAACCCUUGUAAUCCCUGUAGCCCCUGCAACCCCUGCAACCCUUGCAGCCCCUGCAACCCGUGUGACCCCUGCAACCCAUGCUAUCCCUGUGGGAGCCGGUUUUCCUGUAGGAAGAUGAUUUUGUAAAGUGUAGGAACCCAGGAUUUAGUAGAAGUCAGGUAUCCAGCCAGGCAGCUCUUCCAGUGUUUCUUUCUCCCUUCCCAUGGCCCGUGUUAUUCAAGAACAUAGGAAACUGAAUACAUAACUGCAAUCCA